GGGUCCUCCUCACGUCGAGGGCAGGAGCUCAUUUCUCGAGCCUAGGACUUCCUAGUAGGACCUCGUCUUACCACAUCGAAUCAAGACCAUCACUACAAGUACAACCGCCACCACGCACAUUCCCCUUUGUCUUCACAAACCUAUCACCAUCAUCAUGACACAAAGCUCGACCGGCACAGCUGGUCUCCUUCAGCGACAACUGAAGGCGAUGCAAUCUGCGAAGGACUUGCCAGGAAUAUCGUGUGGACUCGUCAAUGACAACGUCUUCGAGUGGGAGGUGAUGCUUAUGAUCUCCGAUGACUGCAAAUACUAUGGCGGAGGCAAUUUUCGAUGCCAUCUCUCCUUCCCACAAGACUAUCCUCAUGCCCCACCCUCCCUUGUCUUCAAGACUCCAAUUCCCUUCCACCCGAAUAUCUACAUCGACGGUCGACUCUGCAUCUCGAUUCUACACCCUCCAGGAGACGAUCAGUAUGGAUAUGAGUCUGCGAGUGAGCGAUGGAGUCCGGUACAGACACCUGAGACUAUACUAUUGAGUGUGAUCAGUCUGCUGCAUAGCCCCAACGACGAGAGUCCCGCCAAUGUCGAGGCCGCGAGGUUAUGGAGAGAAGAAAAGAAGAACUCUGACAAGGAAUUCAGAAAACGAUGCCGGAAGAUCGUCAGAGAAAGCUUGGGCGAGGACUAAGGACAGAGCGUGAAUGUGGGGUGUAGCGGAUGGUGCUUUUACGGGCGUCAGGCAAAUUCAUGGGCAACAUUGAUAGCGAUACGGAAUCUUUUGGGCCGGUCAUAGCGCAUUCAAUUCAGCGAUCAAUUUUGAUGCUGCAGGUUUGGGCGUCUGAUACGAUAGCGUAUGCAUGGACAUUCCUUCAAUUCUUAUCCGAACAUGUUACUCCUCGAGCACAGGAAGCCGGCCCUUACUGCUUUGUUAUGGGAGGUCCUCUCUGGGAUUUUAUAACAAAGUUGUUAAUCAGAGUCACCUGAACAAGUGUUCAACUUUGUGAUAUCGGAUCCCGGUUGUGGUCCACCGAAGAUUGUACGCUUCAUUGCCUUAGCCUCAAACAUUACUCUCAAUUCACGAAUUUGAAACAAGAAUCAA